AUGGCUAGCACCCGUGAUUCCCACUCAUUUGCUUGCGAUGAAUGCCGCUUGCGCAAGUCGAGAUGCUCCAAAGAGCGACCAGUCUGUCUGCAAUGCAGACAGCUGAACAAGGAAUGUAUAUACAGCCCGAAAGUCAGCAGGAGUCCUCUGACUCGGCAACACUUGACUUAUGUUGAGGAUCGCCUACACUCAUUUGAAACAGCCUUAGGAAGGUUGUUCCCAGGUGGCGAUUUGGAUGCUACUCUUCGCUCUCUCUUGCAAAACCCAGAGAUCCCAAGGGCUCCUUCAUCUAAGUCUUCUUCAAGGCACUCAACACCGGCCAAACAUGACCAGGAACGGGCCGAGCCAGCCCCAGAAGCCCUCCCGCAGCAAGCCGAUGGCUUUGACUGGGCCGAGAAAGAAAUCACGCUUGGUGAUUUGACAGAUGGCAUGGCUGCACUAUCUAUCAAGCCUGAAGGAGCUGGCUACUUUGGAGCCUCUUCGAGUGUCGUGCCACUACGAGCCCUCUUCGAUCAUGGCUUUGACCUCAAUAUCCCUGUUCGCUCGGCAAGAUCAGGAGGCGUGCCUCUCAAGGCACAGCUUUUAGAAAGUGCUCCAUCUGGACUGAUUGAACAAGCAUUCAUCGACGCUUUCUUCCUCAAUUAUCAUACCAGCUAUCCAUUCAUUCACGAACCUACCUUCCGGAUGCAGUUUAAUGACCCAUCUUUACGUCCGCAUGGCACAGCCUGGCAUAUUCUUCUUAACACGAUUCUAGCUCUUGGAGCAUGGAGUAUCGGCGAUGACAGCUCAGACCUCGAUAUCACGUUCUAUCAAGAAGCCAGAGGAUAUUUGCAGCAAGCUUCCGUGUUUGAAACUGGCAACCUGACACUAGUCCAAGGAUUAUUGUUAUUAAGUAACUACGCACAGAAGCGUAAUAAGCCUAAUACCGGAUGGAAUUAUCUUGGUCUGGCAGUUCGAAUGGCUAUGAGCUUAGGCCUUCAUAAGGAGUUCCCUGGCUGGAAGAUCAGUCUGCUACAAAGAGAAAUUCGCAGAAGAUUGUGGUGGGGAGUUUUUAUCUUCGACAGUGGCGCAGCCAAAACUUUCGGAAGGCCAAUUCUCCUCCCAGAGGAUAAUGUGAUGGAUGCGAAGCAGGUUCGCAAUAUUCCCGAAGAGGCAUUGACUCCCACAACAACAACUCUCCCAGCAGAAUCGAAUGGUCCAACAAUCUACUCCGGCUUAAUUGCCCAAGCCCGCUUCCACCUUCUUACCAACAGCGUUUACCAACGCCUCAUCUCGAGUCCCAGUCUCACCCCAGAAGACACGUUGAACCUGCAAAAGCCCAUCGAAGAAUGGUAUAAUGGUCUUCCAUCCUAUCUCCAACACCCGCAGCUGCCUCUCUCCAUGCAGCCAGCCAAGCCGGAUCCAGAUUCCCUCGCACUCGUGCGCAACCGCCUGCUAUGGCGAAAAUGGAACCUCACCAUUCUGAUCUACAGACCAAUCCUACUCCGCUGGGCCGCUAGACGCUGGGCCCCACUUAGCGGCAGUGGACCAGGCACCCCAGAUGCGGGCUGUGAAGAUCCCUGCGAGACAGAAUGUCGACUACGCUGUCUCCAGAAUGCUCGUUUGACCAUCUCUUCGAUAUCAGAGUACAUGGAGAACUAUAUGUGCACCCGACUGGGUGCAUGGUAUAUGCUCUACUUCCUCUUCCAAGCCGGCCUCAUCCCCAUAGUCUUUCUAAUGACUGAUCCAUCGAACCCGGAAGCCACAUCCUGGCUUCAGGACAUUGAAACCACCAAGGCCCUCCUCUCCCACCCGUCCCUCGGCACAAACCGUUUCGCGACCCGCUGCCUCGAAGUCAUCAACCGACUCCUCGGCCCGCCGACGCACGCAGCGCCAAAUGGUCUCCCAGCCGUGCCCAACCAAAAGUACGAACCGCAGCAACACACACUCCAGCACAUAGCGCCACAAGCGCCGCCUACCAUGAUGCCAUUCCCCGAGCAGCUAUUCGGCGACCCCGGGUUCGGCGGUAGUCUGUUUCCAGUCGAACAGCAUAUGCAAAUGCAUAACACAGGAGGUAUGGAUUUCUCAGAAUGGGUGAAUUUCGCGCCUGCGGAGUGA